GCAGGACAAACAUAAUAUACAAAAGCACAACAAACAGCGAUCUCACUAAACACAGGCAUUCGUCUCACUCCCACGUAUUCAAAUGCAGCUAUUACACGGUUUAUCACGCAUCUGUUCACACACCACUUAAAGUUAAACUGUCUGCAACCUUGAGUGGCUUUUUUGAACAGUGCACGCUCCUUAUAGGUGUGAUAAAAGUGAGGGCAGUGAACAGAUGAUUCCAACUAACCAAACCACUAAAUAAUUUGCAUACAAAGAUGGACUGUUACCAGCAAUGUGCUUCCUUUUACUUGCAGUAAAGUUCAUACUCGUGUUCUUCAGAUUCUUUGCUACACAAAUGCUUUUAUGAAUGAUCUCUAAUAGUAUGUAAAAGGGACUACUUGGUGUGUUUUGGAUCAUUGUCUGGCUGCAUAACUCUGGUGAGGCGUGGUCGGCGGCGGCGGCGGCAGAGGGGACUCACCUGCACGGCAUACGUAAUCACGCCCGCCUGUUAAAACACGGGGACUCAGUUGCUGGUGGAUUUUUGUGGUGUGUUGCAUGUGCGGAUGGCAGCCUGUGAGCAAAUAAAAAUGGCUCAAAGCAACAACCUGUGGUCCCGCCGUGCCUUAUUCACGUCACAAUAACCCAAGUGCUUCAGCUGAGCUCCAGGUCCUAAAGUAGGAAACAAGUCCAGAUGACACUACCACAACAACUUGACCGUGGGAACGAUGUUCACAUUAAUCCACAGAAUAUCUUGUCUUAAAAUACCUAAAAGGCCUCUUUUGGUAAAUGUGAGAUGAGCUUUUUUUGGUCAGCAGUGGUUUUCACCUGGAACUCUUUCUUUCUUUCUCCCAAUUUCUUAUUAUUGAAUCAUGAACUCAAAUCUUAACUGAGGAAAGUGAGGCCCGCAGUUUUUUGGAUGUUGUUCUGGGAUCUUUUGUGGCCACCUGGAUGAGUUGUCGAUGCACUCUUGGAGCAGUUCUGGUAGGCUGACCACUCCUGGGAAGCUUCACCACUGUUCCAGGUGUUCUCCAUUUGUGGAUAAUGGCUUUCACUGUGGUACGCUAGAGUCCCAAAACCUUCGAAAUUGCUUUGUAACCCUUUCUGGACUGAUAGAUGCCAGUCAUUCUGUUUCUCGUUUGUUCUUGAGUUUCUUUAAAUUUGAGGUCUCUAGCCUGCUAACAUACCUCUAUAAUUGAUUUGUUGGUUCAGCAGGUCUGGCUGUUGUCACGCCUGGGUGUGGCUCGUAAAAAUGAACUCAGUUUUCCAAGAAGUCUGUUACUCACAGUUAAUUAAUAAUUUAGCAAGAGGAGACCAUUACUUUUUCCUACAGGGCCAGCUAGGUUUGAUGGCUUUUCCCCCUUACUUUAGUGUUUACAUGGUAAACACAGUGACUGUAGCUGCCAGUACUUACUUUUUGCCCUACUGCCCCAUAUCACAGAUCAGAGCUCACAUGUUAGCAGCCAGUUGUGACAUACCAGCUUAGAUUAGCACCCCAUGUUACCCCGACGCGCUCAAUACCCUAAAAUAGAGAUAGAAGGACACUCAAUACAACAACAACAACUAGCAGCUGCAUCAUACAUACAGGCAGUGGACCAAAUAAACAGAGCAAAGCCCGACAGAGUCAGUCAGAGAGAAAACCCUGAAGAGAAGCAUCACAGACACGAGCAAUAUACAGUCACCAGAACUCAGGACAGUUUACAUAGGUGUUGUGUCAGCAGCACUCAGAUGUUUUGUAAGUCCUGCCACUGAGUGCCAUACCUGUAGAAGUGGCAGUGCCAAAGCUAAGAGGUAAGGGGUCCACAAGAGACAGAACCAGAUACGUGAAAGCUGAAAUACCUGACUCAACAGGCAGAGACUGAAAGAGCCAAACAUGGCCCAAAUCACGACAGAAGAUUUACCACGCCUUUUCCCAAAAAUGUCAAUACACGAGGUGGAUGAGAGGGUUCGUCUGAUGGCAGAGAAGGUGUACGCCUCUGCUCUGAAGGAGGAAGACAGCAAGGAUACUCUGGCUCUGUUCACUGUCCCAGAAGACUGUCCCAUUGGUCUGAAAGAGACUAGAGAGAAGGAGCUGCAAAAGGAGAUGGCUGAACAGCAGUCUCAGGAGUCAGUUAAGAGGAAGAAGAGUUUCAAGUUGAAGCGGUCACAGUCGGUAUCUUUGCAGAUGCCUCCUGAUUGGACACCUACCCCAGCGCAAACACCCGCCACUGCUGAAUCUUUGCUUUCAGACUCCUUCCCAGACUUCCAGAGAGUUACCAUCAGUGGAGAUUACUGUGCAGGGAUCACAGUUGAGGACUAUGAGCAAGCAACCAAGGGUCUCCUCAAAGCCCUGUUCAUCCGAGAGAAGUACUCCAGGCUGGCCUACCACCGAUUUCCAAGGACCACAGCCCUGUUCCUGCGAAAUGCUGAAAAUGAGAGGUGGCUAGAAGAGGAUGAAGUCCUGCCAGACAUCUGGCCUUACCCUCGUGAAGGGGAGGACCCAUACUCCAUGGAGGGUAUUCCUGAAGACCUAAACUAUGAGCUGCAGAUAAAGGAUGGUAUAAUUCAUGUUUAUGAGAGUGCUGAGGCCCUGAAACAAGAGCAAGCUUACAGCCUUCCUUACCCCGACCUCGAGACCUUUGCUAUAGACCUGAGCCAUGUACUUGCAAUGAUAGCUGACGGCCCAACAAAAUCCUACUGCCACAGACGGCUGAACUUCCUGGGCUCCAAAUUCUACCUGCAUGAAAUGCUGAAUGAAAUGGCGGAGCUAAAAGAGCUGAAAAGAGUCCCACACAGAGACUUCUACAACGUUAGAAAGGUGGACACACAUAUACAUGCGGCCGCUUGCAUGAACCAGAAGCAUCUGCUGAGAUUCAUACAGACCACAUACCAGACUGAAGCAGAUCGAGUGGUCUUGGAAAAAGGCAGUAAGAAGCUCACACUCAAGGAAGUCUUUGACAGCCUCCACAUGGACCCGUACGACCUCACUGUAGACUCUCUGGACGUGCACGCUGGAAGGCAAACCUUUCAUCGGUUUGAUAAGUUCAACUCAAAAUACAACCCUGUGGGGGCCAGCGAACUGCGGGAGAUUUACCUGAAAGCGGACAACUACAUCAAAGGAGAAUACUUUGCACGUCUCAUUAAGGAAGUGGCUGGGGAGCUGGAGGAGAGCAAAUACCAACAUGCCGAGCCCCGUCUGUCAAUUUACGGCCGCUCUGCGAGCGAGUGGGAGAGCCUAGCGACGUGGUUCAUCCAGCAUAAGGUCCACUCGCCCAACAUGAGAUGGAUGAUCCAAGUGCCCAGGAUUUAUGAUAUUUUCAAGUCAAAGAAAUUAAUCCCAAGCUUUGCCAAGAUACUGGAGAAUGUGUUCCGCCCCCUCUUUGAGGCUACAAUCAACCCUCAAAAGCACAAAGCAGUCCACGUGUUCUUAAAAUAUGUGACGGGAUUUGACAGCGUGGAUGACGAAUCUAAACACAGCGACCACAUGUUCUCUUACAAGAGCCCGAAGCCUGAGGCAUGGACCACAGAUGACAAUCCUCCCUACACCUAUUAUCUGUUCUACAUGUAUGCCAACAUAAUGGUUCUCAACAACCUUCGCAAGCAAAGAGGACUGAACACCUUCCUGUUCCGUCCCCACUGUGGAGAGGCGGGUUCCAUCACUCAUCUUGUCUCCGCCUUCCUGACAGCUGACAACAUCUCCCAUGGACUCAACCUUAAGAAGAGCCCAGUGUUGCAGUAUCUAUACUACCUGGCCCAGGUCCCAAUUGCCAUGUCUCCACUGAGCAACAACAGCCUGUUCCUGGAGUACUCCAAGAACCCCCUGAGAGAGUUUCUGCACAAGGGCCUGUGUGUGUCCCUGUCCACCGACGACCCCAUGCAGUUCCACUACACCAAGGAGGCCUUGAUGGAGGAGUAUGCCAUUGCAGCUCAGCUGUGGAAGCUGAGCACUUGUGAUUUGUGUGAGAUUGCCAGGAACAGUGUCCUGCAGAGCGGCCUCUCACAUGAGGAGAAGAAACACUUCAUUGGGCCCAACUACCUACAGGAUGGACCGAAGGGCAAUGACAUCAGGCGGACAAAUGUAGCACAAAUCCGCAUGGCCUAUCGCUACGAGACUCUGUGCAAUGAGCUCAGUUUUCUAGUGGAUGCAGUGAAAACCGAGUUCGGCCACAGUUCAGCUCAGUGACCGAACACACCAACACAAACUGUGCUUGGAUAUGUCACACAGGGAUAAAGGGGCACAGGCUAGACAGCACAAUCUUUUAAACACCCUCUAAAGGUUCCUGAUGCUUAUUAGGAAAAAAUGCAGUGUUUUCUACAUAUUUGGUGCUUGUUGGUAAAGGUGGCGGUGUUUGACCUCGUGUCACAAAAUGAAAAUGUGAUUGUAACACCUUCCAGUCAGCAUGUAUAUCGUUUCAUUAGAAUAACAGUCUAUUUUCAUUUUGCAAGUUGUUUACUGUGGAUGUGGCUAUUGGAUUGACACAUUAAGAAGGGGGAAAUGGUUUAAAAGUUAGAAAGCAACAAUUGAUUUUUGUUCUGCAUGUUCUCUGCUUGAAGAUAAUAUACGUUUGGGGUCAGACUAUGCCGUGUGCAUGGAUUUCAGGCACGAGCAUAAUUUUGACAGACGUUAAUGAAAGGCCAGGUAAACCGUUACAGUGAAAUCUGUAUUUAAGACCUGCGUUGCACUCGCAAACAUGUGACUGUUUAGAAUUUUCUUUUUAUAUAUGUGAUGUCAUUUUUAAAUAGUUUUCCAUUCCUAAAAUAAAGGCUACAGAAAUGUCA